GUCAUUUCCUAUCUGGCAACCCUGGUUGUGUCUGAUWAAUGCAGCGACGUGUUGGUCAGGAGAGCAGAGGAUUGAGCUGAUUCAGACAGUGAACUCCUGCGGGGGUUUUUAGUUUAUUUUAUUUAUUGGUUUGUUUUUGAUUCUUUAAGUUGAUGUUUUUGAAAUGAGGCCGUCCUGAUGAUGGAAUAUUCAGAAUAAAAAGUCUGAAUCAUCGAGACGCUUCAGCUGCAGCUGGACUGAAAUUAAAUCAUCGGAGGAGGAAGAUCAGGAGGCAUGUCGUCAGAAAAACACGGGCUCGAUGAUUCUGGCCGUCAGACCAUGCAGCCGCCUCCGUACCUGCCGGGGCCCCAGGACCCCAACGUGCCGCCUCACCCCGGCAUGCCCACCGCGCCGGGAACUCAGCCCGGUUACCCAGCUCCACCUCCUCCCCCCGGCUCCGAAGGAUAUCUUCAGGAGACCCAGUUCAACUGCAGCCCCAUGGGGGCGCAGGGAGCCCCACAGGGCUACACCAUCCAGACCCAGGGCCCGGGGGCCAACGUGCCGCACCCCCCCGUGGGGUACAUCCACCCGGGUUACCCCCUGCAACUGCAGCCCUGCACGGCCUACGUACCCGUCUACCCCAUGGCUUCGGGUCAGCCCUACAUGCCAGCAGGAGGAACCCAUCCAGGGAUCCCCCCGGGCCAGAUUCACCCCAUGCAAAUGCCGCCCAGCAUCACCCUGAUGGACCGCCGGCCGCCGCACGACUACCUGCCCAUCGCCGUGCUCACCACCGUCUGCUGCUUCUGGCCCACGGGCAUCAUCGCAAUCAUCAAAGCAGUGCAGGUGCGCACGGCGAUAGCCAGAGGGGACAUGGUGACGGCGGAGAUAGCCUCGCGCGAGGCCCGCAACUUCUCCUUCAUCAGCUUGGCCGUGGGCAUCGCCUCCAUCGUGCUGUGCACCAUCCUCACCGUGGUCGUCAUCAUCGCUUCGCAGCAUCACGAYGACGAGUGGGAACCCUAACUGGUCGGGAUACGUUUUCCGGCUCCUUUCGGUUGUUGUUUUUUUUUAGCUGGAGGRAAGAGUCCAGCUCCCACCUACUAGUGACCAAAAAUAGGAGCRGAGGUUUUGAGCGUAAAACACCGGGUCAGAGUAGAAACAAAUCGUUAACAGUUCAUCCAGCUUUCAUUAGUUAAUACAGCCUUCACCGAUGUGGUAUAAAAAGAUGGGUCACUGCUUAAUAUUUUAAAAACAAAAUCUACUAAAUAGGUUUAUUAACUACUGUUUAAAUCUGUUUUCUGUUUUUGGGAGUUGAACCACGUGUAAACAGUGUAGAUUUACCAGACUGUGUUCAAUGGGGCGAUGGAUCGAUGUAAACCAAAUAAAGACAGUGGAGUGAGUGUCUGUUAUCAGCAAGCUAUUUAUUUUAGAUUUAGUGCACAUCUUAGCUGGUUUUUGAUGACGCAUAAUUUAUAAAUGGUAUAUUUGUUUACUUGUUUAUUAUCCGUUAUUUAUUAAUCUAUAUCUACCCUUGCAGUGACCUUGUCYGCUGUAACUUAUAGUGAUUUGUUGCAGCUACCUGAUACUCUGAAUUGGCUUAAAGUUGUGAUGAUCAUAUUGCACUUUGUAGUAACCGGAUAAAAUYGCACAUUUCUAGAUAUUCUAGCGCAUGAUGAGUAUUAAUCCAGGCGAAUGGGCUUUCGGUGCAAACGUCUCACAGCUGUCGGUGGGAACGUUGUGUAAAAUUUUAACGAUUGUGCUGCGGUAUUUUUUAUUUAAAAUGUCAAACAAGCUGCUGCGAGAAGGAGAAAGAAGGAUGUUAAGUUAUUAGCUUUUCUGCGUGGUGCAUCUGUUUCUCUUUCAAACACUGUUUUAGGGCAACGUUAGACUGUGAGGCAACAAAACCCUGCAUGUCAUCCACAAUUUGUUUCUGUUUGUCUUAUCUAUUUGAACUGGAUGUGUGUCUGGUUUCUACAAUGUAGCGCGAAACAGCAGCAGUGCUGUUGUCUUUAACACAGCUGCAAAGUGACAGUAUCAGCUAAACCUAAAAAAAGUAAGGAAAUUUGUGUUUGGUUGAUUAUUUCUUUUUUGUAACAAUGGGCCUCAUGCAAGAACCGUUCG